GUUCAUUUAUCCGCCCAUGCUGCUGGCUUUCUGCUGGCUUCCUGCUGAGCCUCCACCUCCACUGUGUCGGUCCUAGCGGUACACGCAACUGCUCUGCCGCCACACUACAGGCUCCCAAGUUUAAGAACCGGGGAAACGUCGACAUUCCGGGUGGAGUGGUGUUGAGGAGCACACUGACCAGGACUGCAGACAUCAUGGUGAACAUCCCAGAAUACUAUGCAGGGAAAAAUGUGCUCAUCACUGGAGCGACAGGCUUCAUGGGCAAGGUGCUGCUGGAGAAGCUGCUGAGGUCCUGCCCCGGAGUCAAAGCCGUCUAUGUGAUGGUCCGAUCAAAAGCUGGUCAGAGCCCUCAGGUUCGCAUCGCCGAUGUGAUCAACUGCAAGCUGUUUGAAAGAUUGCAAGACGAGCAGCCGGGCUUUGCAGAGAAGAUCAUAGCAGUGAAUAGCGACCUCACACAGCCAGAGCUGGAUCUGAGUAAAGAGGAUCAGAGCAUCCUGGCUGAAAACAUCAACAUCGUCUUCCACUGUGCCGCCACCAUCCGCUUUAACGAGCCACUCAAAGAUGCAAUGCAGCUGAAUGUCCUGGCCACCCAGAAGAUGCUGGCACUGGCCCACAGGAUGAAGCACCUGCAGAUCUUCAUUCACAUCUCCACAGCCUAUGCCAACUGCGACAGAGAACUCAUUGAGGAAAUCAUCUACCCUCCGCCUGUGGACUACCGCAGACUCAUUGAUGCUCUGGACUGGAUGGAUGACGAGCUGGUGUCUGCUCUGACUCCCAAGCUGAUCGGGGAGCGUCCCAACACCUACACCUACACCAAAGCCAUGGCUGAGUAUUUGGUGCAGCAGGAGGCUGGAAACCUGAACGUAGCCAUCGUCAGACCUUCCAUAGUAGGAGCGAGCUGGAAGGAGCCCUUCCCAGGUUGGAUUGAUAACUUCAAUGGACCUAGUGGAAUAUUCAUUGCAGCUGGUAAGGGGAUCCUGCGCACAAUGAGAGCGUCCAAUGAUGCAGUGGCUGACCUGGUGCCUGUGGACGUGGUCAUCAACACCACGCUGGCUGCAGCUUGGUACUCUGGAUCACAGAUGCUCAACAGACCCAGAAACAUCCUGGUUUACAACUGCACAACUGGAGGGAUCAACCCUUUUCGCUGGGGGGAAGUUGAGUACUGUAUAAACAUGACCUUCAAGACCAAUCCCUUAGAGCAGGCCUUCAGAAGGCCCAAUGUCAAUCUGCGCUCCAACUCCUUUACUAAUCAGUACUGGACCACUGUCAGCCACACGCUGCCAGCCCUGCUCUAUGACGGCUAUCUCAUUCUCACAGGCCGCAAGCCCCGGAUGAUGAAGACAAUCACUCGUCUCCACAAAGCCAUGAUGGUCCUGGAGUAUUUCACUAGUCACUCCUGGGUGUGGAACACAGACAAUGUAGCCAUGCUGAUGGCCCAGAUGAACCCUGAGGAUAAGAAGAUGUUUAACUUUGACGUGCGUCAGCUACACUGGGCUGAGUACAUGGAAAAUUACUGCAUGGGCACCAAAAAAUACGUCCUCAAUGAAGAGCUGUCCGGCCUGCCUGCUGCACGCAAACACCUCAACAAGCUGAGGAACAUCCGCUAUUCAUUCAACACCAUCCUGGUGGUGCUCAUCUGGCGCGUCUUCAUCGCCCGAUCCCAGAUGGCCAGAAACAUCUGGUACUUUGUGGUGAGCCUCUGCUUCAAAUUCCUCUCGUACUUCCGAGCCUCUUCCACCAUGAGAUAAUGAGCCUGGGGCAAGGUGGUGAGGUGGAGGGCGGACAAACGAGGAAACGCUUGCUGUGAAUGAUGCCUGAGCUCCAAGCCUUUAUAAUGGUACCACGCUGUCUGUCUCUGGCCCCGUGUUCGCCCGGACAGUCGAGGAUUAAAUGGAACCAUUAAACCCACGCAGACGGAGCAACUGGAUGAGCUUGGAGUCCACAGCCGUCUAAAUGUUACAUAUCUCGGAUCUAUCUAGCAUUUCAUAAAAACACACAGGGCAUGGAGUGAUCUCGCAGUGUACACCACUCAAACUAACAGCACUUGGACUAGUUAAUGGAAGACGACCACACCACCCUCAUUCUGUUCAUUUCCAGUCAGUCCUUGGGUGUCAGAUUUACUCCUGCAGUCUUCAAGCUCCAGGCUACCUGAAUCUCCUGCAUCUUGUCUGUCUGCUCAUCCAGCUGCUUGCCUGCAAAACAAAGCUAUGCAUUGGAUGAUGCUCUGCUACAAAAGCUGGUUUUGAGUCAGCCCAUUCGCCGCCUUCUCUAUAUGUAAUCUUUCACUGAAAAAUAGAUGCUUAAGCUGGUGUGUAAGUUAUAUUUUUCUGCUGUCACCUGAAAACAUAACUCCAAUAUAUUUCUUUUCUUUUUGUUUUCACACAAGGUCUACAUGUGGUCAGUGUUUCUGCCGGUGAGGCCCGUUGAAAAGUUUCAAAAAUAUGGAAUAAGCAGAGUUUUCUAUCGUUUUUACCUAACAGCAGCAUUAGUGAUUCAAAGCUUAAGGUACACUGAGCUUGUGGGGCUUUGGAGCUGGUUUAACACGUUUGAUUGGAGGCAGUUAAAUGACGAUCCUGUACUGACUCAGUGAAGGGUUGUUCAGAGCCAGAUUGGCCUCAUUGAUUAACCUCCUCGCCUCAUCCCCAUGACCAAAGCCAUUUCAACACUGCACAGUUGGUGUAAAGAUAAAGUUGACAAUGUUGGGGCUUGCUUUUUCUGAUCCCACUUUCAAAAAGAGUUUUCACUGGCUGUCCCAACCAACUGCAGUGGUUAACACCCAAAUUACAACCAAGCACAAUGUAGAUUGUACUAUGGCUGCUUUAUCCGGUGCCUACAAACUGAUCAUUCUUGCAUCAGCAGAUUUUGCAAAUUAAGCUUCUUCUACAGAUUCCUUAUUUUUGUUGUGUCUGAAAGUCAUUUGUGACAGUCUUAAAGCUAUUUUUGCCAAAAUACCCCUCAGCUUACAGACUCAUAGCUCAGAAGAGGAUGAGACAGGUGGAGUUGAGAGGAGAGUUACUUUCACUUUUUGCUUCUUAUUCUUUAGAAUUCAAAUGCUUUUAGUACUGGUUGACAUAUUGAUUAAUGAGUAUAGAUGAUUCCUCUUAUUUAUUGGUUUUUGUUAGUACACUACUUUUUGGGUAGUUCUAAGUGUAGCUCAUUGUCUUCGUGAAAGGUUUUGUUACUUACAUUAAGCCGUUUGUAUUAGAGUAACUUAUGGAUCAUAUUUGUCACAUUACUUGUUUUCUUUUGGGAGUGGGCAAUCUAGUUAGAAAUAAUGUCAUAAAUAUCAAUAAAAUAUCUAAAUUGCAAUCUUUUUCUUUUAUGAAAUGCAUUGCAGACCGUAGCUGGACUUACAUGGCUUUCUCCAUUUGCACCAUUAAAACACAAUGUUCCAUUAAAGAUAGUUCUCCUUGGUACAAGCUCCUCAUCCACUAUGCUGCUAGCUGUGACUCAUAUUAUUUACAAUAUGUUAUCAAAGGAAGAGCUACAUAAAGUCAUUUGUCCAAUCAGCAUAGCCAUCUUACGUCACAGGAUUGGUAUAUUCAUGUAGCGCAGAUCUCCUCACCAGUGAGGGUAUGUGAAUUUUGUAAAUAGAAACAGGAAGACAUUAAAUAUUACAAUCUCUACAAUCCACCUGAAAAGUAAGUUGUGAACCCCUUCAAGAUCGAUCCUGAAAAUUAGCAGAUCGCUCACCUCCUGGUUGCUUUUAUAAAUAAAAUGUGUCACGUGCUCAUGCUGUGUAUAACUUUCUGUUAAACUCUUGGACCAUUCUGUUGCCUCCAUCGUACAGAUUGUUUUUUUGUUUUUUUUCUUUAGGCAAGUAAUCUCCACAACCUAUAGAAUUGGCAACAUAAGCUAAGACCGUGCUUUUUUUUGCGUAAACCUUAUCUGGAUUUUUAUAUUAAUUAACCUCAUUGCCAUAUUAGGUCUUCAGUUAACAUACCUGAGGUUUACUUGUGCACUUUGCCUUGUUCGUCUUGUCUGUUACCUGUUCUUUUGAGCACACUGCAGUUUUUGAAGAAACAGGGCGUGACCACGUGUCCAUCUUUGGUAAUGCUUGCAUUUGUCUGCUCAGUGUCUUAGGUCAUAGCAGCUUCAAACUCCUACUUGUAUGUCCUGUGGCUGUCCUGGACUCAGUAUGGAAUGUAGUUUUGGUCUUUUCUCUCUCACAACACAAUGUCAGCCAUUUUACAUAGUAUCAUGUGAUUUGGUGGAAAGAUGCCCCCUUCUGGAAAGACGUGUACAAGUGUGAAUCGUGCCUGAACUUUUUUCAAUAUUCAAACAAUGUGAAGAGAGCAAUCAGAUCUAUGUUUUCUAAUUAUUUUGUGCACAGCUCUAUUUAGGUAGACCUAUAAUGAAACAGAUGUAUUUUUAUGCUAAUGACAUUGUGUGGCUAUUUUACUGAAACUAUUUCAGCUAGUGUAAAUAAUACUGAAAAAAGUAAAUAUGUAAAAGUAACUUCUGUAUGUUGGGAACUAAAUUUAACUGUUGCUUGUCUCUUGACUUUACUAUAUAUUUACAUGUAUUUUUUCUCUCUGAAUGUCACAGCCUGACUUGCACAGCCAGAAUCUUCCUCUUACUCCUGAAACAAGAAACUAACAAUACUGUAAUUGCCUGUAAUUUUAAUAUUAAGCAAGUGUCUGUUCAUUGGAGUGUCGUGCAGUAAGUUUUUGCCAUUUCCUUGUGAUGAUGUGAGUGAGUAGGUCUGUUUAGUAAUCUUGAAUGGCUGUCAUGCUCUUGUUUAUUUUUUUUAUUUAUUUAUUUUUUCAUAAGGGGAGAAGUGGCAUGUCCAAUUCAGGGUGUUCAAGAUUGUUGUGAAUUGAGGAGAUCAACAAACGGGUCCUUUUUCGUGUACUUCUGAUGUCAAACUGCUGAAUCAUACCAAUAGUUAAUUCAUCAAACAGGCCAGUGACGACAUUAAUGUCACUUGGAACAAUCCCAGAUGGAAUCCCACUGAUCUGUUAUUCCAAUCAAUGAAAGCCCCUGAAAACAUUGUUUCAUAUCUGUAAGUAUUUCUGUAUAACACAAAAUAUUCUUGAUCGAAUAAGCAAUAAUCCAAAUUAAAGGAACAGUUUGGUAUUUUUGGGAAAUACAAUUAUGUUGCUUACUUGCUGAGAGUUUGAUGAAAAGAUUGAUUGAACUCAUGUUCUCUUGGGUUAAAUAUGAAGCCACAGCCAACAACUGGUUAGUUUAGCUUAGCACAAAGACUGGAAAUGGGUGGAAACCACUAACUUUGCUCUGCCCAAAGGUUAGCCAAAUCUGCCCACCAGCACCUCUGAAGCGCACCAAUGAAGACUCUAAUUCUUUGUGGGGGAGGCCAACUUGCUGGAGUUUUCAUUGGUUCUCUGACAAACUCACAGUGUCAAGACUACACAACACUGGACAGGCCCAGGGUCACUGUUUCCCCCUAUUCCUGGUGUUUAUGCUUAGCUAAACCACAGAUCCACAUAUUUAUGUCAAUUUUCUUAUCUAGCUUUGGACAGUUGCCGUUACUUUCCCAGAUGUCAAACUGUCGCUUUUUUGAAGUUAGGUAAAAUAUAUCGCACAGUAUUACUUCCAGAGAGUUUGACAAUCAGAAUUUCAGCCAAUCUGUGGCCUCAGGAAUGCGGGUGUGGCUGGAUCAAAUUUAACCGAUGCUGGCAUGACCCGUCAUCGGCUUCAAAUAAUGUUAAAUCCAGAUCGGUGCACAGGAAUGUGUGACAUUCAGUGAUUAGGCAAACAAAAACAACCAGUAACCAAAACUGUUCUAACUUUGGCAAAGAGUAGCUUUACAGGGCCUUUAAAAACACAAGUCAUAUUAACUGUAUUUUCUGUAGUUUUCCCCUCAGGAUUUUGUAGGACUGAAUGUUCUCUUAUGCUUAUUUAAAGUCAGUUUUUCUGCUAAAACUUGUUGAUGUGCUGUUUUCAUGCACAAAUUACCAGCCUUUCUGCCCCCCCCCCCCCCAAAUGUUUCAGAUUUGAUGGCCUUUGUAUUGAUUGAUUAAAGUGGGAGUGGUGGUUUAUUUACUUAAACCUUUUCAGCUUUCUUGUGUUUCAUGUCUUAAUAAUUUUGUUUUUGUCCCUUUUACACAGUCACCAUAACAUGGGUCUAUUGGAUUAGGCUGUACUAGAGUGCUAAUAAGUUUUUUUUUUUUUUUUUGUUUUUUUUUCUGUGGCUGUGAAAGCAUUCAGACUGGCUCCAGUGUCAAUGUUCUUCUCAAAUGUGCUGUUCAUCUGGUUUCAUCACUCCUACUUUGAGCAGCAAGAUGAGCACACGUCACUGUGUUCACCUUAAGAAGGAAAUAAAGGAGUUCUUGCCACAGUUGUUGUCAAUGUGAAACUCCAAAAACAAUAAAUCAAAGGGUGCCUUUUGUUUGUAAACCAAAAAGAAGGAAUAAACUGUGUUUAAUCCUC